AUGUCGACCAGAAGCGCUUCGAAAGAGAACCUCUACUCGGUGAUCAACCCUAACGAUGAUUCCCAAGAACUCCAGAGAAAGAUCAUCGCAGCUCGGCAACACUUGCAAUUGCUGAAAAAGAACCAAAUCGUUCUCGCAAGAACGAGAACUGUCAAGCGUCUGCUAGACAAUGUCCGCUUGAGCAGCUCUAAAAACGUGACUGAGCACGCGCCAAAAGAGGAUUUGGUGAUUUAUGCGAAGGAAUUGACGAAUUUGAGGGAUUCGAUUGAUGAGAAAACGAGAGAACUGGCGUAUUCGCAAAAUAUUUUGACCGAGAAAGAGCGAAUUCUUUAUGAAAAAAGGAAGAGGCUCAAAAUCGAACUUCUAUUUUUUUUCAUUUUCUCUCUUUUCCAAAUUCUGAGCCUCAAAAGAUGCCAGCUUGAAGAGCUCAAACUCCAAGCCGAGCACGAUUUCGACCACUCCCAAAACCACGUCGCUGAGCACGCCAAUCGCAACUCUCAUCUUUCUCUCAAAUUGAGCAAAAUUCAAAAGGCAAUUGCAAAAAUGAGAAUCAGAGAAGUCGAAAUUCGAAAAGAAAUUGAGCUCAAACGAACUGAAAUUGCUGAGAAGAAGCAGAUUUCGAACACUGAAAGGGAGCAAAAAAAGCAAAUUUUCCUUUUGGACAAAUCCGGACUUGAGGAGCAAAUAGCCGAAGCAAAAACUCUCCUUUUCCAGCUGACUGACCAAAAAGAAUUCAGCAAAUGGAAAGCUUCCCAACAAGCACUGCGAGAAAAACUCCUGGAAAAGAAAGAAGCCGAGGAUGAAUUUAACGAUCCUCUCGAAGAAGAAAAAAAUCGACUGCAGAAAAUUGCUGAUGAGCUUUCUCAGAACAUCGUGAUUUCUGCUUCUUCUGAGGAGCAUUCGACAAUCCGUCGAUUGGAAAGCUACAAAAAAAAGCUUUCGAGAGAAGUUCAAAAAGUCAAUUCAUCGACGAAAAUUGACUUGGAAAAUAAAAACAGCGUCAAAGGAAGAAUGCAGGAGCGAUUCAGAGAUAUGAAAAUCGACAAUGAAGAUAGCGACGAAGACACCACAACUGUCUGA